AUGGACCCAGGCAAUCAAACCAAAGUGAGCGUCUUCAUCCUUGGGGGUGUACCAAACACUGCCCGGCUUCCCUUUCUCUUCUUCCUCAUCUUCACAACCAUCUACUUACUGACAGUGCUAGGGAACCUCCUCAUCCUAUUCACCAUUAUGGCUGAACCUCAACUUCAUGGUCUCCCCAUGUACUUCUUUCUCUGCAAUCUCUCUCUUCUGGACACCUGCCUGUCUUCUGUCACUGUGCCAAAAAUCCUGGCCAGUUUCAUAGCAUCUAGCUAUAGAACCAUCUCCUUUAGAGGCUGCGUCCUUCAACUCUACGCCUUCCACUUUCUGGCCAGCACUGAGUGUUUCCUCUAUACUGUCAUGGCUUACGACCGCUACCUUGCCAUCUGCCAUCCACUAAACUAUACCACGUUAAUGAACAGAAGAAUCUCCUUGGGACUCGUAGGUGGCACGUGGUUUACGGGUUCCUUUCAUGCGGCAAUACAUGCCAGUCUAACUUUCUGUCUGCCUUACUGUGGCCCUAACCAGGUUAAUUAUUUCUUUUGUGAUAUACCCCCUGUGCUAAAGUUGGCCUGUGCUGACACAACUGUGAACCAUGCCAUGAUAAGAAUAAACAUUGCUCUGGUGGGCACCGGUUGCUUUCUACUGAUAUGUAUUUCCUACACCUACAUAGCUUCUGCUAUUUUGAAAAUCCAAACCACGGAGGGAAGACAUCGGGCCUUCUCAACCUGUAGUGCUCAUCUCACAGUCGUGCUACUAUACUAUAGCCCCUCCAUUUUUAUCUAUAUGUGCCCAUCUUCAAGCCAAGCCACGUAUGGGAUAUUGGCUGUAUUCUAUGCCAUCAUCACCCCUAUGUUGAAUCCAUUCAUAUACACUCUGAGGAAUAAGGAAGUAAAAAGGGCUUUGAGGAAAUUGUUCGUUGGAUACCUGACUUCUCAGAAGAGAUAG